AGAAUUUAUUCUAUAUGUUUGUUGUGAGUUUACAAUAGGGUCAUCACCUCUAUUUAUAGUGAACCCUUAAGACACAAUUUAAGUCCUAAUCCAAUAAGGAACUAGACUAUAAAUCCUAAAAGGAAAACAAUGCUAAACAAAGGAUUAAGUAUCCUAAUCUAAAUAGGAACAAUAUAUCCUAAUCCAAAUAGGAACAAUAUGAGCCAUAACUCAACACUUUACACAACCAGUGUUGAGGCAUUUAUCCCUGACACGGGACGAGGUAUCCAAGGCGCAACUUCUCAUUGUUUGGGUCAAAACUUUGCCAAAAUGUUUGAAAUAAAUUUUGAAAAUGAAAAAGGAGAAAAGAGUAUGGUCUGGCAGAACUCUUGGGGCUAUAGUAUUCGAACGAUAGGGGUGAUGGUGAUGGUUCAUGGAGAUGACAAAGGCUUAGUGCUGCCACCUAAAGUGGCAUCUGUUCAAGUUGUAGUGAUUCCUGUGCCCGACAAAGAUGCCGAUACUCAAGGCAUUUUUGAUGCUUGUACUGAAACUGUGGAUGCCUUACGCAAGGCUGGCAUUCGUGCUAAAAGUGACGUUAAUGACAAUUACUCUCCUGGUUGGAAGUACUCCCAUUGGGAGUUGAAAGGUGUACCCCUAAGGAUUGAAAUAGGGCCAAAGGAUUUGGAAAAUAAUCAGGUACGCAUUGUCCGUCGUGACAGUGGAGUUAAAAAAGAUAUAAGCAGGACAAAUGUGGCUGAGCAAGUCAGAGAGAAACUAGACGAGAUUCAACAAAGUCUUUUUGAUGCUGCUAAGCAAAAGCGUGAUGCUUCCAUUGAAAUUGUAAGGACUUGGGAUGAAUUCACAGAGGCUUUAGGCCAGAAGAAAAUGAUCCUGGCUCCUUGGUGUGAUGAGGAGGAAGUGGAAGAAGAUGUGAAACGGCGAACCAAGGAUGAGAUAGGAGCGGCUAAGAGCCUUUGUACUCCAUUUGACCAGCCAGAGCUCCCCGAAGGCACAAAAUGCUUCGCCUCUGGAAAGCCAGCAAAGAUAUGGACAUACUGGGGCAGAAGUUAGUAGAAAAGUUUUGUCUUGAAGGGCAGCAUAGAAAGGGGCCGAUUAGGAGCAGAGGCCUCUUUGUUUUAUUUCUUAAAGAACAGUAUUUCUUAAAUUUAGUUUAUCAUUUUUUAUUAGAUAUAUAUUUAUUAUAUAUUUGGUAUAGUAAUUCUUAAUUCUCUUACAACAUUAUAGGUUGAUUUCAAGAGAAACAAUAUACUCUCAAAUGAAAGAUUAUGGAUUAUCUGCUA